AUGGCAGGGUUGCACAAAUUGUUUGCUCAGUUUUUCUGGAGCAGCUCUGUAGGAGGAACUAGUAGGCAUUGGGCUUCAUGGAAUACCUUAUGCAUGCCAGUUGAGGAAGGAGGAAUAGGUUUCAGGUCACUGCAUGAUGUAGCAAAGGCAUUAUUCAGCAAGUUGUGGUGGAAUUUCAGAACAAAACAAAGCCUAUGGAGCUCUUUCGACUUUGGCAUUGAUGAAACUAUACAUAAUGUACAUGAUGUUACCUUAGAUGGUGAGUGGGAUGUGGACAGGCUAUUUGAAAUGCUUCCUGAAGAUUUAGCAGUAUACAUUCUGGAGAAAAUCAACCCACCUUCACCUCAGCAGGUUCUUGACAUGCCUUGUUGGAUGCUAGAAACAAGAGGAUAUUUCAGUGUUAAGUUAGCAUGGGAUUAUACGAGAAGAAGAGACGAGCCAAGAACAGCUUAUAGAAUGAUUUGGGCUACUAUAUGCCAUCAAAAUGUUGGAGUUGUGUACAACCUGACGAGGAAUGUCUCACUUGUUUUUAGAUCAGAAACUGCAAGGACAACUUGGAAGUAUUUUCUGUCGAGGGCAGGAAUAGCUGUGGAGGGACUUACUUUGCACCAAGCAAUCAUAAAAUGUUGGACUGCAAAUGUGUGCUUAAGGCUCAAACCAGUAAUGCAAGCACUCCCCUCGUGUGCAGUCUGGGAACUCUGGAAAAGAAGAAAUAGUAUGAAGUAUGGUGAUGUUGUGACAACUAGCAGGGUGAUUUAUCAAGUUUCAUCAAGUCUACAAGCAUUGGUGAUAGUGAGAAAGCCUGGGAUGGAAAUGGUACCUCACAAAUGGCAAGAUUUAUUAGCUAUGAUGGAAAAUUUCACUCCUAAACUUAAGGUUACCAAAGUCAUGUGGGAACUUCCAAGUGCAGGAUGGCUAAAAGUUAAUACGGAUGGUGCAUCGAGGGGAAAUCCAGGCAGGAGCUCAAUAGGUUUUUGUAUAAGAAAUGAAAAUGGUGACAUAGUCAAGUCAGUAGGGAAGCAGAUUAAGGAGACAACAAACACAGUAGCUGAAGCGAAGGACAUGGUAGAAGUAGAGGAAAUGAUGCAACUAAUGAAUGGGGACAAUUACACAGUUACUCAUAUUCAUAGGGAGGGGAACAAACUGGCAGAUCACUUGGCUAAUUAUGCUUUAGAUCAUGGAGAAAUAAAAUGCCAACAAUUCUGGCAUCUAGAUGCACAGGGAAGGAGCUGGUUUGCAAGUUUGUUUAUGGCUUUCUUAAUGGAAGCAUUAUUCUACAUGGGAUUUUGUCAAUCAAGGCAGGCACAACAACAGUCAAAAGCAUACAAAAGCUUGGCAAUGUCACGCUAA